GUCCGAUUCAUUACAAGCUGAAGCCCUCCGCCGGCUUGUUACAUUAUCAGAAUUGCCAAUCGAGAAGCCAAGGCCCCUUUUCGCCGGGUCGAGCACAGUGCGGCGCUGUCUCGGGGGUCUACAAAACUCGGGGCCAACAGCUCACCUCCGAGUUCAACAUUUAUUUCGAGCACGCAUCUUUCCCUCCAACAGUCCGCAUUCUGCCUUUUCCUCUCACCACAACUCAUCAUGGAUGCAAUCAAGAAAGUCACGGACUACCUCGGAGUCCAGUUCGAGUCCAAUUCCUCCUUCAUUCUCGUUUCCUCCGUUCUGCUCGCCGGCAUCUUCACCAUCGUCGCACCGAUCUUUAGCUUCAUCAGGGUCCUGUUCAGCUUAUUCGUACUACCAGGCAAGCCCAUCAGCAGCUUCGGGCCCCGCGGCUCCUGGGCUCUCAUAACCGGCGCCAGCGACGGCAUCGGCAAAGAAUUUGCCCUCGCCCUUGCGAAGAAGGGCUACAACAUCAUCCUCAUCUCGCGCACUCAAUCCAAGCUCGAUACCCUCGCCUCCGAAAUCUCCUCCAAAUAUGGCCCGAAGAUUAGCACCAAGACGCUCGCAAUGGACUUCUCGCAGAACAAGGACUCCGACUACACUGCGCUGCGCAAGCUGGCCGAUGGCCUCGAUGUCAGCAUCCUGGUGAACAACGUGGGAUUGAGCCACAGCAUCCCCGUGCCGUUUGUGGAAACACCAGCGCAGGAAAUGAACGAUAUCAUAAUGAUCAACUGCAUGGCUACCCUCCGCGUAACCAAGCUCAUCGCCCCCGGCAUGAUCUCCCGCAAGCGUGGCCUGAUUCUCACCAUGGCCUCCUUCGGCGGCUUCUUCCCUACACCCCUGCUCGCUACCUACUCUGGCAGCAAAGCUUUCCUCCAGCAGUGGUCGACCGCCCUCGGCUCCGAACUGCAGCCCCACGGCGUGCACGUGCAGUGCAUCCAAUCCCACCUCGUUACGACCGCCAUGUCCAAGAUCCGCAAGACAUCAGCGCUGGUACCAAACCCACGCCAGUUCGUGCAGGCUGUGCUGGGCAAGAUUGGGAGGAGCGGUGGUGCGCAGAACGUCGCAUUUACAAGUACCCCGUACUGGAGCCAUGGGCUUAUGCAGUGGUUCUUGUCAAGGUUCUUGGGCGAGAGGUCGCAAAUCGUUGUCAAAAUCAACAGGGGUAUGCAUGAAGAUAUCAGGAAGCGUGCGUUGAGGAAAGCGGCUAGGGAUGCGAAGAACCAGUAGAGCGAAUACAACGAGGUAUGGAGUCGGUUGCGCAGCUAGAGUGUCGAGUUAGCGAAUAGCUCGUUUAUGAGGGACGAGCGUUCCUCAGUUGCAGAGAGCGAGCCGAGCUAACAUGAUCAAAGGAUUAUAUAGACGUAAUGAAUAAUUUGCCAUGGAUGCUUCUGCACAAUUUGCAUAUUGGAGUUGUUAGUCACAAAUGACCAGAGAAGCUCGAACUGGUCGCUCAAUUAAGCUACUUCCACGUCCG